CCUAGAAUCUACAAAUCUAUGGGCAGGGAGCGUCCUCCCUGUGCUCAGGGUUGGCCAACCUUUGAUCUCGUGGCGCCUCCCACGCCUGCAGGGAGCAGAGCUGCAGAGCAGGUGUGCCCGGCUUCCCAAAGCGGAGGAUGCCCAUUGGCGCCAGGUGAUGCUGGAUUCCCUGCCGAGCUGAGCGUUGGCCGGCCAGCGCCGCUCUGGGAGGCCCGGGUCGGCCUUCAGCGUGCACGCGCUUGCCUCAUGGGCUCUAGGCUGUGGGGUUUGGAAUCUGAGCACGGGGUGCAUUAGCUUUUGGCAAAGGGAUUGCAGCUUGGUUCAUACUUUCCGCUUGGAAUGUCGCCUCCCUUUCUUCCAAGCUGAGAGACAGGAAGCCAACACACGGAGGGUGGGGCCCGGGAGGGCCGGAUCUCACGAGUCGCUGGGCUGGGGCCUCCACGGAGGCUCCUUCGUGCUGCCGCCAAGGAUGGAGAGCCGCUGGGGCCUCUUCUGUAUCACGGUGCUGGGCCUUCUGAUGCACAUCCAAGGUCAGCGUGACUUCGACUUGGCCGACGCUCUCGAUGACCCCGAACCCACCAAGAAGCCAAGCUCAGAUAUCUACCCAAAGCCCAAGCCCCCGUACCGCCCCCAACCUGGAAUGCCGGACGACAGUGGAAAUAUCUACCCAAAGCCCAAGCCCCCGUACCGCCCCCAACCUGGAAUGCCGGACGACAGUGGAAGUAUCUACCCAAAGCCGAGGCCACCCCCUCGCCCGCAGCCUGGCGGUUCUGACAGCGGUGGAGGUUACUUCGGCAACACGGACCGGGACGACGGCCGCUACCCGCCCAGACCCAAGCCGCCCGCAGGUGGUGGGAGCUACUACCCCAGCAAUGAUGGGUCCGGAAACACGCAUGGAGGAGGGCGCUCUAGACCCAACUCUUACGGAAAUACUUACGGCGGAGACGGACACUCGACCUACGGGAACCCCCAGGGAAACAUGGUAGCGAAAAUCGUGUCUCCUAUUGUGUCCGUGCUGGUGGUCACGCUGGUGGGCGCCGCAGCGGGUUUCUGCCAACGCAACAGAAGGAGAAACUGUUUCAGGACAAAUGAACCAGCGCACGUAUGAGGGUUUCGAGAUCCAGCGGUCGCUUAGGGAGAAGCUCGGUGUAGACCAGAACUCUGUUCGCUGUUCCUGGGACAAUUCCUUUCAUUAUCGACGUCACCAGCUGCCCUGACGUGUUUUCUGUUCGGCACAGAUGAGCCGCCUCCCAAAGCAUCCCCAAAUCCGCCGGAGGAGGUCCAUUUGUGAGGAUAACUGGGCUCCUCCUUGGGUCGAACGAAGAUUAUUGCCUCAUCUGUUGGUUCGAUCGCGAAUGUGGAUAGAUGCUGACUGUGUCCUGGGUUCCCAACACGACCUCAUGGUGCAGGACGUGCACAUGGGUGACCCGUGCGUGUCGCCCCAAAGCACGGGGAGUGUCCCAGGGCACGGGGUCGUGGGUUCGGGUGCUGUCUUCUGCUGGGGUCUCAGGAGCACCACUGGGGGUGGGGGGGUUUCCAGCCCGCUCUGGGGAGAAGCUUGACCCAGGCUGAGUGUUCAUCAGGGAGCCAGCGCCCACCGGCCUGGCUGAUGUGGAAUGUGGGAUUCUCACCACUCGGGGUGGCUUCGACCAGCCCUCCAUCCAUCCCCUGCCCCCAACCUGCAGAGGCUGAGGCUGGGUUUCGGGAUUGUCCAUGCACGGUCGCUCGAGUGCAAGCCAUCUCGGGGGUGGGGGGGCGGGGGAAGCGGCCUGGGAUGCUUUUCCUUUUCCUGUGAAAUCUUAUGAUUUCGAGAUUUCUGGGAAAAUAGGGGACGGCGAUCACGAUGUGUGACUCGACUGUUCUCGUAUUAGUUUCCAUCUGACGCUCUCUAGGUUUCUGUUCUUUAGGCAAUGCCAUCCUUUUUCUUAGUUUAUAUAUAUUUUUUUAGACCCAUAGUAGAGAACCUUAAAAAACGCUCAAGCAUCUGAAAUGCAUACUAGCUAUUUGCUUCUGUGUUAGUAAGAUUUUAGCGGGGAGGGAAAAAGACAGUUUGGGCUUAUUGGCAUAGUUUCAUCCAACUUAGGUACAUGCUUAUAGGACUUUUGGGCUUUGCCCUAAAUAUCAAAAUAGAGACAAUUUUUGCCAUCUGCAGCUGAUGGAGAGGACCCAGAAAAGUCCUAAAUAUGCAUGCUUUGUGUUCACCAUCAUGGAUUGGGAGCUAGGUCUACAAAGAGGGGGGCGCCGAAAGCAGAAAGCCCUAAAGAGAGCUUCCCAAAUGCAAAAGGGAACUUGCAGCUAAGAUGGUGGUGUCUCAUGUCAGGGAUUCAUGUAUGAUUUGAGCCAUUUCAAGACAGCAGCCCGCAAUUCCUGUUGGGACGGGGAUGUCCUAGCACGCUUCUCAACUGUCUGCACCCAGGGACGAAGCCGCAUGGUUGCCGCAUGUUUUGUGUAUGUGAGUUUCUUUUGACACUGGUUGAAAGUGUGUGUGAAGGUCUGUGCACGUGCAAAUGCAUGGACACACGCAUUUGCACCUUCACGUACAGACCUAGAUGCAAUGGAAGCAUUUAUAAAGACAUCUAUCUGUCUGUUUUGGUUUUUUCCUGUACCUGUCAUACAUAAAUUUUCAUCAUUCUAAAUAAAUGUAAGGGGCGCCUGGGUGGCUCAGUCGGUUAAGCGUCUGCCUUCGGCUCAGGUCAUGGUCCCAGGGUCCUGGGAUCAAGUCCCACAUCGGGCUCCCUGCUCAGCGGGGAGUCUGCUUCUCCCUCUCCCACUCCCCCUGCUUGUGUUCCCUCUCUCACUGUGUCUCUCUGUGUCAAAUAAAUAAAUAAAAUAUUUUUAAAAAUAAAUAAAUAAAUGUAAAAGAAGAAAGAAAAAUA